AUGAAGGCCGACUUGUGCAUUCACCUCAAUCGCAUGGUCUUCAAUGAACAUCCCGCGUUCCGCCUGGCCAGCGAUGGUUGCCUGCGUUCCCUAGCCGUCAAUUUCAACACCCUUCACACCGCUCCAGGUGAUCUGAUCUUCCAUCAGGGUGAAAGCAUAGACCAACUGUGUUUUGUCGUGACCGGCUCACUGGAAGUAAUUCAGGAUGACGAAAUUGUCGCCAUUUUGGGUAAUGUUGUCUUAUUAAGACUGAAGUACUCUUUUUGUUAG